AUGCACCAAAAGGCCACAGCCACACUGCUCGAUCUUGCUGCAAGGAGUCUGCUGAGUAAUGAGCCUGCAGCUAUCUGUGCCCUGGAAGAACUCCCAAGAGACCUCUUUGUUCCAUUGUUCAUUGCUGCCUUCUUGGGUGGGCAUAAGAAGAUACUAACGGCAAUGGUGAGAGUUUGGCCCUUUCGCUGUCUCCAUGUUGGGACCUUGAGUGUACGAGAGUCAUACUACGAAAUCGUGGAAGCCGUGAUUGAUGGUCUGCAGAUCCCCGCUGUCCGGAGCCCUUCCUCUUGGGGGCCAAAACUGAGGAUCCUAGAUUUAAGGCAGGACCUGGACUGUGAGACAACAUGCUUGGAGACCGGGAUCACAUUCCCUUUCUGUUUUCAGUGUUGUAUUUAUUCUCGUCACUCUAUCCGUAAACUAGAAGAAGCCCGGCAUAGUGUCAGGUGCCUUGGAAUUGUUAAUUCAGAGUCUGAGCUUCAGUCAGCCCAGGAACCCAUGGAAUUGUUAGUGGACCUUUCCCUCAGUGAUACCUUGAGAGCAAAGCAAUUUCUUUCUUUCCUUCGGAGUAAGGUUGAGCAGAGCUUUGGCUCCUUGCACCUCUGCUGCAGAGAUUUGCAGAUUGAUAAAAUGUCUGCCCACAGAAGUAUCCUGCAGUUUCUGGAUCUGGGAUGCGUUGAUCACCUGGGUGUGGGUGAGGCAGAUCUGAGUGAAGUCACCACCCUUUUGGCUCGGACGAUCCACCUGGACAGCCUUAGUCUGUAUAACAUCGCCUUUAAAUCUUGUCAGAGGAAAAACUUCAGAACUUUUCUCAACCGGCUUGGGCAGCUGGACAACCUCCAGAAGCUCAUCUUGUCUUUCUUCCACCUCACAGAUCAACUGCACAAACUGCUCAGAGUUCUGCCGCCUCAGUUGGAUACAUUGUGUCUACCUCUCUGUGGCCUGUCUGACAGAGAUGUCACUGUCCUGUCCCAGAGCUCUCAGGCCACCCACCUAAGGCUGUUGAAUCUCAGUGACAACCAGAUAUUCUCGGAAGAUUAUGAGCCCUUCCAGACUCUGCUGGAGAAGGUCUCAGGCACCCUGCAGCAUCUGGAGAUGAGUAAUUGCCUGAUAACUGACUCUGCUCUCUCUGCUGUCCUCCCAGCCCUGAGCCAAUGUUCCCAUCUCCGUGUCCUUAGCUUUGCCUUCAACCCCAUUACGAUGCCUGUGCUCACGAGCCUUCUGCAGCACUUGGCAUCCUCGAUGGAGCUGAAGCAUGUAGUUUAUCCUGUGCCUGUCCAUUGCUAUGAACAGUGGAAUUUUCGUGGCAGUUUGGACCCACGGAAACUUGCCGAAGUGCAGGCCCAGGUGAAGGCAAUGCUGCAGGCGGUACAGCGGGACGACAUGACCUGGACCACUUGUGCUGAGUGA